AAGCUCGGUGUAAAAUCCCAACAACGUGCAAUCAAAGAUACACUAUGUCUACGUCUUCAUCAUCUUCUCGAUCUUCAUCUUUAGAGAAGAGUUUCACAUUGCAAAGCUCCGACAACAAAGAAUUCACCGUAAAAGAGUCAAUUGCGAUCCAAUUUGAAACAAUUAACCGUAUAAUUGAGGACGAAGAAUCCACAACCACAACAAUUCUACUCCCAAACGUGGACAACGAAACCCUAACAAUGGCGAUCGAUUACUGUUCAAAGCACGUGAAUUCGAAGAAGAUCUCCAAAGAAGCCGAUCUAAAAAAGUUUGAUUCAGAGUUCGUAGCGAAGAAAGACUUGGGUGUGCUCAUCAAACUUGUCUCAGCCGUAAAUUACCUCGAUGUGAAGGGCUUAUUGGAGUUGAUUUGUCAACGAAUUGCAGAUCAGAUCAAGGAUUUGAUGUCGAAUGACGUGAGGAAGAUAUUCAAUAUUGAGAAUGAUUUCACUCCGGAGGAAGAGGCAGCAAUUUAGAAUGAGCAUGAAUGGGCUUUCGAGGUUUAGGGUUUAGUUUAUG